AUGAGUGAGCUGAGCAAGCCCGAGGAAGACCUUCAGGACCCAGGCAAGGCCCAGGGCCCAGGCCCGGAGGAGGCGCAGCUGUUGGGGGCUGAGGCAGGGGAGGCUGCAUCUGCCUCGGCCUCCUCCCCCCAAGUCUCCUGCUCCGCCCUUGCGGAGGCCUUGCUCCAGGAAGCUUUGAAUGAGAUGGUGGCUAACCUGAUCAAGUUCCUGCUCUUCAAGUAUCGAGCCAAGGAGCUGACUUCCCAGGCAGAAAUGCUGAAGAAGGUCCUCAGGGAUAACCAGGAGCACUUCUCAGUGGUCUUCAGCCAAGCCUCAGAGUGCCUAAGGCUGGUCUGUGGUGUGGAGGUGAAGGAGGUGGACCCCAGGGAGCACAUCUACAUCAUGGUCCCCACCCUGGGCCUCACCUGCAAUGCGAUGCUGAGCAGUGGGCAGAGCAUGCCCAAGGCCGGCCUCCUGGUGCUGGGGCUCCAGGAACCAGGAGGCAAAGGCAGAGGUCUGAGGCCUGUGUCCACGGGUCAGAGAACAGAGAAGGUCCAGGCAGUACCAGGAAUCAAGGUGAGGAGGGUGCCCUGA